UUGCAACUAGGGUUGGGAAUCGAAUUUCGAUUCCAAUUCUGGAAUCGGAUCCAUAAGUAAGGAAUCGGAUCCUUGUUAUGAAAUUAAAAUUUCGAUUCCACGUUUCGAUUCCAGACCGCACGUCACGUGACCUAUAGCCAUCUGCGCGCAGUGCGUAGGACCGUCCGCUUGGAUACUGAAGCAGUCAGUUCGCAAUCGCACGAUGGACCGUGGUGGUAGGGCAGGAAGGCGCUCAAAAGUGUGGCUGCAUUUUGCACAGUCAGCAAAAGACAAAGCGAAAUGUAAUUAUUGUGACAAAAUAUUAUCUUGCACGACGGGUGUCACCAGCAACAUGGCAAAGCAUCUGCGGUUGGUGCAUCAAAUCGAGUUACAAGAAUGCACCGUGUUUGAUGCGUUGCGCACCCCGAGUGCCGACUCUGUGCACCCCGAGUGCUCUUCAGCCGCUGCCGGCAGAAGUGCGGUUGCAGCGCCGACACAUGAUCGUACACGUGAGACCCCUUUCUCCCUCGCGUUAAAAGGAAAACUCACGCAGGAAAAAACUGAGGAGUGUGACAGGUCGGUCACAAAAUUUAUAGUAAAAGGGCUGCAUGCAUUUUCUGUCGUUGAGUCGCCAUCAUUUAGGUAGGUGUUACAUUACGAGGGAAAAUUAUUUAAAAAUCAUUUAGCCUAGCCACAGCUAGCCUAGACAUAUUUAUUUAUUUUCAGAGCGAUGACCAGGGCGCUCAACGCAAAGUACACACCCCCUUCCAGAGACAGAUUGUCCAACAUCUUAAUACCUGCAUGGUACAAGGUAGAAAAGGCAAACUUGAUAACGGAGUUAACAACUGUAAGCAAAGUGGCCCUGACCAGCGAUAGCUGGACAAGUAUGUCCCAAGAUCAUUAUCUCACAGUGACAGCACACUACACUAUCAAAGGGGAAAUGAGACAGAAAGUUUUAAAAACCAAAGCAGUAUACCAAGCACAGACAGGGCAAGUUGUUGCUGAAGAAAUUAGUGAUAUUGUGCAAGAAUUUGGCAUAAUGGAUAAAAUAGAGGCUGUCACUGUGGAUAAUGCCGCUAAUAUGGAUGUGGCCAUAAAAAAGCUACAAUUCAUAAAGCUAGGUUGCUUUGCCCAUACUCUUAACCUUGGGGCUCAGACAAUCUAUUCAGUGGCGUCUGUGGCAAAAUGGACAGCAAAGAUCAGGAACAUUGUUGUUUGGAUGAAGAGAUCAUCUAUGGCAAAGACUGUGCUCCGGGAAAAACAACAGAUCCUUAAUUUGCCUGAACAUUCACUUAUCCUUGAUGUAAAGACCCGGUGGAAUUCCCUCUACUUGAUGCUGGAACGAUUCCUUGAACAGUAUCCUGCUAUUCAAGCAGCAAGCUUAGAUCCUCGUUUGAGAAAGCCAAUAGAGCGGGACAGACUUGCUCGUCUUACUGAUGAAGAUUUCAGCAAGGGGGAAGAGUUCAUCCAGCUGAUGAGAAUCUUAUACACAUCUACACUCUGUGUUUCUUCUGAGAAAAGCCCUACAUGUGGUCAGAUUUUACCGAUUUUUCAAAAGCUUGAGAAGCACUUUAGAGUUACAGAGAAAGACACAGUGUUUGUGUCCAGCAUUAAGCAAGCUGUCUGGGAAAACCUGUCCAAACGAUACCAGGUAAAUUCGAAUUUUGUAAGAAAAAAGAUUAAUAAGCUUGAAUCUUUAUUAUUAUUUUUUUUAAAUAAACUUAUUUUACAGGGGGAUGACAUCAGAUGCUUUCUUGAGGAGGCCACUGUAAUGGACCCUCGCUUUAAAGACAAAAUUGAGGACAGCACAACUGUCUGGGUCAGGAUAAAAGAGAAGUUGUUUGCAGCAAAUCGGUCUGAACAGCCAAGAGUGGAUUGUGGACAAGAAGUUGUGCAGUCAAAUGAGGAGAGAAGAAAUCAAAGAGAGGAUAGCGAGGAAGAGGACAAUCAUGAACCACCUCCUUGCAAAAAGGCCAUUAAAUCACCAUUGGAGGAACUUUUCGCAGCUGAUGAUGAAAUGAAAAUAAAAUCCACAGAGAGAAGCGCAUUGUCCAUAGAGAACCAAGUGAAUGCAGAGCUAAAGAUGUACCAAGACAUGCCACCAAUACUGACAUCUGGUGACCCUGUUGCCUGGUGGUGGACACAAACGAACACAUAUCCUUUACUCUCAAAUCUUGCUUCUUCCUAUUUAUGUGUGCAGGCCUCUUCAACACCAAGCGAAAGGGUUUUCUCCACUGCUGGAGACACCAUUUGCCCUGAGAGGUCUCGUAUACUUCCAGAAAAGGCAGAUAUGUUGAUUUUUCUAAAUAAAAACUGUUAAGCUCUGGUGGCAACUGUAUACCUCUGUUUGCACUUUAAAUAAGUUCAAGUGCACUUUGUACACUUUAUUAGAUCGCAGCCUACAAGUGUUGUGUAUUAAAAGCUUUAAUUUAAAGGUUAUGUAGCUGUUUGUUUUUAUGUAUCCUCCUUUUAUGUGUUCAGCUGUAAUUGCACAAAAUAAAUAUUUUUGAUUUAUAA